AUGGAUUCGUUAAUACCAGUAUAUUAUUUUAGAGCAAAAGACAACAUUAUAAAAGAUAAUGAGUAUAUUCUAAAAAAGAAGGUAAGAAACAAAAAAGAAAUGGUUAAUCAUUUUCUUAAUAACAGAUCAAAUUAUUGUAUGUUUUACAUUAUAGUGAAAGAUAACAUAAUUACACUACAUAAGCAAGGGACUAUAAAAAAUAAAGAGAUAGACGAAGAAGAAAUACAGUAUAUAGGUGACUAUUAUGAUUUUGAAUUUGAAGAUAAAAAGGUAGCUGUUUUUAACGAAUCCGAAAAAACAAAAGACUUUGAAAUUAUCAAGAUUGAUGAAGAUGGUGAACCUUUGCCUAGAAUAAUAAAAUUGGAUAAUAUCAAGUAUUAUUUUUAUGAAAAGAUUGGCGAAAACUAUGUAUUGUAUUAUAAUGAAAAUAUUGAUAAUCUAUCCAAUGUUUUGUAUGAUAUUGAUAAUUACGAUAAAGUAUCUAAUGCAUAUCUUAAAGGAAAAGAAACUGCUAACCCGAUAAAGUUAAAUAAUGUAUAUGAAAUAAUCGAUUAUAUAAACAAGAUGAAGGAGUAA